GUUUGUCAAACAGCACAAAACUUGUAGGUUUAUCACCGUAUUUUGAAAUUACGUUGUGAUAAUGAUAGUUAAAUGUUUUGUAUUGAUAAGUAGUUGCCAAGGAUAAGAUAUUUUAUACUGAGGAGCGCUUUUGCAAGUGGUGAACCCCCUAUUCGAUUCCACGAUGCUGCAGCAGUUGUCAUUCGGUGGGUGGCGCGUGGCGGGAGCGGUGUGCACCUUGACGAAGCACGGAGUUCGUGUCAGACAAGUCAGAAUGCUGUCUGCCGCCAUGGACAAGGGGUCUAAUUUCUUUUUUAGGCAGCUCUUCGACACUGUAAGCAGUACCUACACGUAUUUGUUGGCCGACAACCGCUCCUGUGAGGCGGUGCUCAUCGACCCAGUGCUGGAGCACGCGGAGAGAGACGCCGCCCUCAUCAGGGAGUUGGGCUUCAAGUUGAUUUAUGCCAUGAACACACACAUGCACGCAGACCAUAUAACAGGCACGGGCAAGCUAAAGACAAUACUCCCGGACACUAAGAGCGUUAUAGGCAAAGACUCCGGCGCCCAAGCGGACAUACACUUGAAGGACGGAGAUGUGGUGACUUUCGGGGGACACAAGCUGCUGGCCACGGCUACCCCGGGACACACGAAUGGGUGCUUCACUUAUGUGUGUCAUGAACAGGGCUUGGCAUUCACGGGUGACACGCUCCUCAUCAGAGGAUGUGGUCGGACUGAUUUCCAAGAAGGCUCUCCUCAGACGUUAUACAACUCGGUACACAAACGCAUCUUCACUCUCCCCGACCACUACCUGCUAUACCCAGCUCACGACUACAGAGGCCAGACCGCCACCACCGUGUGGGAGGAGAAGAAAUACAACCCCAGGCUUACGAAGCCAUUGGAGGAAUUCAUAAAUAUCAUGAACAAUCUCAAUCUGCCGUACCCUAAGAUGAUUGACAAAGCUGUGCCCGCCAACAGAGUUUGCGGAAUACACUAUUAGAUAAAAACCAAUAGAAAAUAUUAUCAAAAUUGUAAUACCUAUUGUAGAUAGAUCCCGUAAUAUUUUGUACUGAAUAGUUAAUCGAUGCUGUGACUACGCGAGCUGUUGAAUCGAUUGUAUAAACAAAUAUGUAUUUUCUUUGUAAAUGUGUAGGUACUCGAUAUAUCCAAUAUUAUCAUAUCAACCGCUUUAUUCGUAGUUUAUAAAACUGAUAUAAAAACAUAAGAUUGGCGAGAUAACCAAAUAUGUUCGCAUCGGUACGUGUUUACAAAAGUUGCAAUUUCGCGAACAUUUUAGGAAUGUUCGCACGCAAUUUGUUACUGUUUUCUGGAUAAUAGUAGACUAGAAAGAUUUAUAUUUGUGUAAUCUCACCUUUGUUUCUGUAUCUACCUACUAUAUUUUCUAACUUUCUCGUAUAGUCAUAACCGUAGUCUGUGAUAACGAAACAUAACAAAGUUUUUAAUGAUAUUAUGAAAGUUAUUUUACGCAGGGAUUUUAUAACACUACUCAUAUUUACAAAUAUAGCUUCAGAAUCACAUGAGCAUUAUCAUUAUAACUUUUGUUCCUAUUUUUCUUCAUAAAAAAAUAUAAUAAAUCAACAAUGUGUUUAUAGUAUGGAAAAGAGUAUUUUUGUAACUAUUUUAAAUGUUAAAUUGAUCCAAUUAUGUAAAACAUGUUAUUGGUGUAUUAUUUAUAAUUGUUUAAGCAAAAAUGUUAUUAUUUGUUUUUAUGGGAAUAAAUAAGAAUUUUUGACUAA